AUGGGCCGACAACAGCACAUUGCCCGGUCGGUUGUGCAGACCAUCAGCACGAGGACAAACGGAGGCGCGAGACGGUCGCGCAGCCCGGUCGCAUUUCUCUUGGCCCUCUUCUCCGCUCUCCUCUCGCUGUACGAUCUCCAUCUGCAAAAGAUCCGCCCAGCCGAUUUCGCCAACCUCCGCCGUAAGCACUGGGAGGUGACGGACGAUGCCUACACCGACUCGUUCCAGCCAGGCGAGUGCGCAGAGGGGCGCGACACUCUAAAGUCGAUAGGGGACAUGGGGUUCUCGGGCUCGACGUUCUACUCAACCGCGGACCAGAAAUACUUGGUCAAGUCGGUUCCUCGAUACUCGGAGCACUCCUUCUUCCGCGAAGACCUCCUGACGCCCUAUGUCGAGUACAUGGCCACACAUCCGCGAACGCUGCUGGUACGCAUCUGCGACUUCCUUGGCGCGAGGGGCGCCUCGCUCGGGCGCCUGUUGGGCACCGCGCCAUCGCAUCACAUCGUCAUGGAGAACAUCAUGUACGGGCGGGGCGAGGCGAAGAAGCGGGGCGACGCCGACUGGGAGGACUGGGAUCUGAAGCCGACGUCGUACUUCUACCCGGAGCGAGACAUUGCCGGUGGCGCGUUGACCAGCGAGGCGACUAAGAACCAGCUGGCCGACGAGUUCCACGGCAAGAUCAUCCUGAGCCGCGCGCAGGCCGACGACUUCUUCUCGAACCUGGAGGCGGACACCAAGCUGCUCGCCGAGCACAACGCCGUCGACUAUUCACUUUUCCUCGUCAGGAUAAAGGUGCCGCAACCCGAAGUCGCCGCCGACUCUGGCUCUUCGCAAGCUGCUUCGGAGAUUGUGCCUACCGAGGGCCCUUCGGUGCCGCCGUCGCCGCCGUCGUGGAGGACCGGCGUCGCGUCGCCAGAUGGGAAGCAUAUCUUCCGCGCUGCCAUCCUCGACUUCUUCUGGGCCAAGCACAAGAUCCAGCCAAGGUUCAUGACGCUGCUCAUCACUCUGUACAACGUGCUCAUCAGCAAGAAAGGUCCCAUGAGCAUCACUACCACGCCGGACGAGUACCGUGCGAGGUUUUUGAAGAUGUGCCGCGGCAUUGUCGAGGCUAGGGAGGAGUGA